AUGAGUGCAAUCGUCGAGGAACCUGAGGGCUACAUCGAGCCUCUCAAGGUCCUCAUCACCCUCCAUGACAAGAUGGACUCCAUGGACGCCGCUGGCCCCUUGGAGGUCUUUGGCCAGGCUCAGCACGACCCCAAGAACCCAGAGUCCAAGGCCUUCCGCACCAUCUUCGCGGGUCCGUCGGAGUACGUCGUCACCGGCCAAGGCGCUGGUUUCCGCGCCCACAUCGACUACGCCGAGGCCAUGAAGCGUCUCAACGAGAUCGACGUCCUCGUCAUCCCCGGCGGCAGCAGCGACGGCGUGCUCAAGUCCAAGAGCCAGCCGAUGCCACUCAUCAAGGCCUUCGCCGAGUUGCAGAAGAAGAACCCCGCCAAAGAGCGCACCCUCAUGUCCGUCUGCACCGGCGCCCUCUUCCUCGGCGAGACGGGCAUCCUCUCCGGCCUCACAGCCACCACCCACCCCGACUACGUCACCAAGUUCGAGAUCAUCUGCUCCAACGCCGCCCAGCGCGACAUGGCCGACCGCUGCGACGUCGUCGAGGAGCGCUACGUCGUCAACAACCUCCGCUUCGACCUCGGCGACGACGAAGACAGCAACCCGUACGUCUUGAACAAGAAGGAGCUGAAGGAACACAAGCGCCGCAAGAGCUCCGGCGGCAUGCCCGCCAUCCAGGAGGGCACCAACGGAACCAGCCCCACCAACGGCCGUCGUCCCUCCGCCGCUCGCAAGGGCAGCAUGAGUCUCAAGCUGAGCAACCACCGCCGCGAGAGCGUCCUCAAGCGCGCCAACCUGCGCUUGGGCGGUCUCCGCGUCGUCACCACCAGCGGCGUCACGUCCGGCAUCGACGGGGCUCUGUACUUGGUCGGAGCUCUGGUCUCGGACGACGCGGCCGAAGAGGUCGCUCGCAAGAUGUGUUACAAAUGGAACAAGGGCAUGGUCGUCGACGGCGUCGAUGUUUAG